AUGCACCAUCUAGCCACUCUGCUUCCGGAAUCAUUCACCAUGGACUGCCCAGCCACCACCGAAGGUGACUAUAUCGGCUCCCAUGUGACAGGGUUCCCCUUUGACGACGAUGACUGCCAGCGAGUCGGAGCGCUCGCCUCUAUACCUGUCACCAACGGCGUGCGGUACCAUGCGCAACAGCCUGCGAUGCAGGACUUACAGUAA